AAUAUAUUACGUAGGUAUAACACGUUGUACGUGUAGGUAGGAGAAAUGACGAAGUGUAACAUGCGUGAAGUUAAUCUUAAGAGUACCGCGUACAAUCAGGAUGGGCAAAAUUACUUUCAACAAUUAACAAUAUAUAAUUCUAUGAGCGCGCAUUUACGACGCGUUUUACUGGCAAAGUGUGUUGUUGAUGCUGGGAACAGAGCCUACAUGCGUAAGAAAAAGCAGUUGUGCAAACCCAAUUGCAAACAACGAUACGUACAGACAGAUUCUUGUACGAACAAUUUUAUCGAUAAACUGGCAUACGAUACUUUACAUCAUCCAGCGGAUUUCUUGAGAAUGAACUAUGAUUCAAAGUAUUGUUAUCCGUGUGAAGCAGAAAAACAUUUCUCCAGUAAUUACGAUUACGACUUGACGUCGCGAACGAAAUUGCGUAGUCCCGCGAUUCGCCCAGGUCCAUUUAAAACGAAUAAUUCCGAACAGUAUUCGUUAAAUUGCAAAAGCACCGCGCGGCGACCCUACACGCAAUCGAACACUAGCAGUAGAAAAGUAUUCAAAUCUCAGGACACGAGAAACGCGAUGAAAGUUCAAGAUAGAUAUGAAGAAAUUUCGAUGUCCUAUGAGUCUAGUUCUGAAUCCUUAUCGCAAGAUACAAAUCGUCUUUCAUCGCCACCGAUUUACACGUCAAAAAGUAGCGAGGAUCAUGAAAUCGAAGUAGCCGCUUCGAUCGACGCUAAAAAAGUAUUCGCGCAGCCCGACGACACGGAGUACGUAAAAUUUGUAUACGAGAUUACGCGCGAUAUAAUAUUGAAUGGUCUGUAUACGGACGAGGAAUUGCAGAUAGUGUUCAGCACACAUAUCGAGAAAAAUAGAGCGGCUUUGAACAUGAAUCGGAUGCUGUACGAAAUUUAUCAAUUAAAGAUCGCUUUGAACAUGACGGAUGAGAACGACGACGAUGACUUGGAAGAUAUCGUGUAUUCCGAAUAUAUGAGGACUUCGUGUAAGUUUCGACCGCCGACACCGCCGAAAACUUUGAACAGCGAAAGAGUACUAGAGAAGCUCAAGUAUCAACAAGUGGAUGAAGCGAGACGAAUGUCAAUUGACUCGCAUAGAGCGGUCGUAUUAGUCGAUGCCAAUCCCGAAAUACGUGUAACCGAAAGAAAUGUGCUUACGUCGUUAUUAGAAGCCAACAUCAGCCCCGAGAAAGCGAAUGAGAUUUAUAAAAAAAUUGUCCUUGUAAGCGACGAGGUGCAUCCGUCACUGAUUGGAAAAAACGAGGAAUCGAACGAUGAAAGCGAAAUGGAAUUAAGCAAUCAUAUGACGUCGCACGAAGUGAAGAAAAUGAACGAACAGGAAGGAAUUUUCGCGAACGACGAUGUUACAGCACGGGAACAUCAAAAUUUACAAGUAUAAAAAGGUAGAUAUACAUACGCGCAUACAUUAUAAGUACAAUAGAGCUCUUAGUUUAACCGCGCUCCAUUUUUAUACUCGAUACUCGAUUGUACUUAAUUAUGAAGAUAAGUAAAAAUCUAUAAAUCUAGAUUCUUAUUCGUUCGUCUAUAAAGAGUAUUGUUAAAGAAGUAUAUUAAUUAUUGUUACACCUUUUAUUUAUAGAAAUACGUAAGUGAUAGAUCGUUGCCUUCAUUUUGUCAAUUCUGUUACAUUCUCGUUCGUUUCAACGGAGAUAAAAUAUGUAGUGGAAAAAUAUAUGUUACAGAUGUACAUACAUAAUUACAACA